UCUAGUAGCAUCAAGGUACUUGAUAAACAUCAUCUGCUUUUUUCUGCUUCUCCAGCAGAAGAAGCAGAACGUAUGACAAACAAUGUGUCUUCGCGAGAAGAAGAAUCAAGAAACACCGCUCGUGUGCUUCUUCAACCGCUGAAGCCUAGUGCGCUGACGGGAUCCCCCACUCCGCACACUCGACCAGUGUCAAAUUUGCGCGUUGAAGGCGUUACCAGCACCAGCUUUCCGCAACCACCUGCCUUAGCCGGAUUCACAUCGGCGCAGAAGACAGACGUAAACCAAGAAAAGCCAGCGACUGGUUGGGAAUGGGUAAGCCCCAGUUUGCGCCUCGAACGUUCCGCGGCGCCGGAUCUCAGCGCACUCCCGAAGUCGCCACUGUUGAGUGUAAAGAGCGUUGGCGGGAAACCGGAAGAUUUUAAGGUUGGACUAUACGGACACGCUGUAAGCACUGGGGCUCCAGCAGCAGGUGCAGGUGUAAAUGCGGCAACAAGUAGCGGUAGAAAUGCUUCAUCCACGGUUCGUAUUCAGCUUCCUGAACGCCGCAGUAGACCUGGUGGGGGUCGUGCUUCUCCCUCAGUGUCACCAGAUACAAUCACCUCAAUGUUUCUUACCCGAGUGGAACAACGUAUGGCCAGCGCUGCUGCAGAUGCACGAAGUCAAAAAGAUGAAGAGCAGAAUAUAAAAGAAAACGUGUCGCCAACGCUUCCGAUUUCACUCUUUGAAGCCCAUACUCAAGGCCUUGAAGACGAAGACGAAGAUUUCUUGGGUACGGACCCUGAGAAAGAAUCUCAGUUGUCGCUCUCAAGGAGAAGUGAGGGUGCAUUACUGCGUUCGGCGAAUGAGCAUUCGUGCUAAGGAAUGCAGCUGUUGAUGACGUGGUA